UUAUUCCCUCCAAAACCUUUAGUAUAAAGGGCAGGAUCAGGGACCCAACGGUCACAAAACUUUUACCAUCACUUUUACCCUGCUUCUGAAAUGGGGGGUUUAUUUGGAUUUGGGUGGUUAAUCCUGAUUGUUGUUAACGUAGUGGCUCAAAAGAAGCCCUCAAUAAAUAUCUACUCCAAAUGCCUGGGGAACAUCAUGCGUUUGGAUGUCGGUCCACUUGGCGGAAAUCUUCUUGAAGUCUCUGUCUUAAAUAACUCUACAACUGUCCUGACACAACGUUUAGCUUCUCAAUGUGGCUUCAGUGUGAAGAUCGACAACCUGGGAAAUGCCCUCAUUUUUGUCUCCUUGCAAAACUGUUUUGCUGACAAUGUGAACGAUGAAUCAUUCACAACAACAAUAAAUCUAAGGCUGCAUGGGAACCAAAUGCUUGAGGAUGAGCUGUACCAGGUGACUAAAACCUGUCCCUACAUUGCCUGGGCCUCCAGGGAAAUUGUCUGUGAACGCAACUAUAUGGAGGUGUCUGUUAAAAGUGUCUCUCCUGGACGUCCUGUCCCAGAUGAUGUCACGGUGGGUGGUCCUAAAAGUGCUGCUGAGAAACGGCCCCUGGACGCAGGAUUCACAAUCAAAGCGCUUGUGUUCUUCACUCCUGAGGAGAGGAUGAUGAAGGUGAACGAGGCCCGCAGAAGAGGUUAUGGGAUAUCAAACACUCCGACAAGGCUGGUUCUACGAGCGCCGCUUUUCUCCCCAGAAACUCUCAUCCAGACCGUAGCAGGUGUUCCUAUGACUGUGCUCAAAACGGCGACAAUAUUUGAAAAUAAGUGGCUGGCGACUCAGAUCGACGCAGCAGCUGCGUGCCCGUUAAUGGAGGGUAGUGUUUCUUUCACUCCGCACUCCAUCAGCUGGUUCCUACCGAGGCGAAUUAACCCCUUGAUUUCCGGUGGCCACAUUAAACUGCUGGAGGUGCACAUGGGUGUUGAUGGCCAGAGGCUCGACGUCGCCGAGAUGGCGGCCAGACGUUACUCCAUGUCAGUCAAUGACUUGUACGUCGUCACUGAAAUCCCCGUCGGGGCUGUCGGUGGCCACUUUAAGAGUCGUGUUCAGGAUGGUCAGUAUUUCACUGCCUAUACAAUUGAGCCGAUGCUGGAGUUGCUCUGGUCCGAAGACUCUAAAAAGGACACAAGAUACAAAGUCCUCCUUCCCAUCACCACGCCGUUUCUGCCUCAACCUCCACAAGUUAUUGACCACACAGUUCCUGAGGAGCAGAUAUUUAAGGUGUCGCUUGGGCCGUUCUGUGCUGAUGUGGCACUAAUUAACAUCACCUUCUCCUCUGAGGUUUUAUCUGUAGCCGACUGCAUUGCCAGAGGCCUUAAAAUCCAGGAGCACAUGUCUCCCAAGAGCUGCUCAAAGGUCUUUACGCUCGAAGUGCCCUUCACGGACCACAGCGUUCAACAAAUGAAAGAAAUGGGGAUGUCGGUGUACUCUCUUGAGCUGACAUUUGGCUUACUGGUAAUGUGGCAGUUUGCACCAUUUUCUCACACUGCUUAUCUGGAAGCUAGAUUUGUAAACAACGUUCCUCCCUCAGUCUCUGGGGGCUGUGACUAUAAAAACUUCUAUAUCCUGGUGAAAUACGGGACUCCCGGCUUCACCUUCAAGACACUCGUGGGAAAUCGAAUGUUGACCUCUAGCCUGGCUCAGCAGUACAACUUCAUGGACAAUGGCACACACUUCAGUUUUACUGUACCAUUUUCUGCCCCUGAUGUGGUAAUUGAGGCUGUAGAGAAAUCAUCCAUCAGGAGCAGACUCGAUGUGUCCCUGAAAAGUCCAGACACAAACAACAAUAUUGACAAAUUUGCUGUGGCUUGCGAUUUCUUCUCGACACUGACUGAGUGUUUCCCCAAUGGAACGAUAACCACCAUGGCUAUGAAACUAGAGUCGGUUCCCAGUCUUGAACUCAGUCAGCUCACCCUCAGAGACGCCACCUGUGGUCCCUCCUACAGCAACGACCGCUAUGCUUACUUUGUCUUCACUGGGAACUCCUGUGGGACGACCAGAACGUUCUUGCCCACUAUGAUGCUGUAUGAAAAUGAGAUCUCUCUGCCGGCUCCUGCAAUGAAAUCUAAGACUGAGACUGACUCGGAGCCUGAAUAUGAAUUUAAGGUUGCCUGUUAUUUUGAUAUCCACACCAACCAUGCUGUUGCCUUCAACAACAGACCUCGCAGGAGUGAACCAUAUGCUGACAACGGCAUAGAGGAGCUGCAGGUUGAGAUGAGACUUGCUCUUGAUGAUGCCUACACCACGUUUUACAGGGCAAAUUACAUCCCAAUGUUCCUGCGACAGCCUCUGUAUUUUGAGGUGGAAUUGAUAAACUCUGGAAAACCUGACUUAUCAUUGGAGCUCGCGGACUGCUGGGCAACGUUGGCGGACGACCGUACUUCGCUUCCCAAAUGGGAUCUCAUCAGCCAUGGCUGUGCAAACCAAGGGGACCCGCACAAGGUUAUCUUCCAUCCGGUUUUGCCUGAUGCCAGAGUUCAGAAUCCUUUAAACUUCAAGCGUUUUGAGAUCCCAAUGUUUGCCUUCACUAAAGACGAAAAGAACUUAAGCCGCCAGGUCUUUGUCCAUUGUGAUGUGGUGAUCUGCGACGUUACAAACCCAGCGGGUCCAGCUUGCAAUGUGAGGUGCUCUGACCAGGAUGCUGGGAUGAAAGGUCAAAACCCUGAUGUUUCGGAGGGCCAAAGUAUCAACAGCCUGACAUCAGGACCAAUGCUCAUAAGCUGACUUUAAAUGGAAUUUUCACUGUUCUUGAAAAUGUCACUAUUGAGAUUAUUUUGUCCAACAUACAUUUCUAGACCUGUGGUAAAACAAUUGUCUGUUUGUGUUUUGACAUGGUUAAAAUGUUGUCAUACCUGUAGAAGACGUGUGUGUCAGGCUUUACUCUAUCAUGAACGCGUACAAAACGACAGACUGGUGUAACUUCAAAGAUACUGUUCUACAUGCUGUGCUUAAACAUUUAGAACUGCUUGCAAUACAAAAACCAGCUGAACAUUUUUAAAGAAACGCUUUUUUUGUUGCACUCGUGCAACU